AUGGCCUGCGCUGACGAGCAAGACAGCCGCUCCACAAUCACCACUAGUCACGAGCGGGAUGAAACACUUGGGCAAGACCAUUGCUGCGACCAUGAUCACGAUCGGGUUCCCGAACGCGAGCAUCCUCAUGUACUGGCCAAUCACUAUCACGGUCACGGAUUGAAGACCAGUGCAGAUGUUCACAUUAGCUCAGACCACGAGCACACUCAUGACAAAGAUGGAGAGCACCUUGACAAACCUUGUAAUGCCCAUCUCGCUGCUGCCAUGCAGGAAUAUUCCACGUACCUCGACUCGGCCCGAUGCAUCUGUCGAACCAUCCUGGCUUCCGCUGGCACGAUCCAAUCUUUCCAGGGGCAGCUUGUGGGCUCCAGUCUGACCAUUUCCGGUCCGCGCCACAGCCAUCAUCUGAACAUGAAAGAGCACGGAACUAUGUUGACGCGCAAUCGACGCCACAAGAAUUCGCCAAAGGCAUUGUCAGCAGCAAAGGCCAAGAUCAAAUGCUGUGACAGCUACGAUAGUCUCGAUGAGAUCGAAGUCGAGCGUGCUCCUGUGCGCAAUACCGCAUUGAUCGAUACUGAGAAGGCGGGAGGCCGAUCCCAUAUUCUUCUCAAUGUCACCGGAAUGGACUGUUCGGGAUGCGCAAAUAACCUGACCCGAGCAAUUCGAGCUGUCCAGGGAACUCACAAUGUCAAAGUCACUUUUGUAACUGGUACUGCCGAAUUCGACCUGGACACCAAUAUGAACGAGCUCAAUCAAGUAAUUCGUAGCGCCCAGCGAGCCACCGGAUAUAAACUGACACAUUUCUCGUCCGAUAUCCAGACUAUCGUUGUCAAGAUGAGUGCGACGACAGCGAGUGUCCUUCGGGACAAUCUACCUCGUGGUGUCGAACGAUGUGAGCAACUCUCCAAGACCACAUAUGUGAUCAGUUAUGAUCCGUGCACUAUUGGUGCUAGAGAAAUUCUCGCGGGCAUCGAUGCACAACUUGCGGCUCCGCACGGUGAUACCCACCUCGAUGAAGGAAAACGUAGGCUCAUUCGAGUGUUCACAUUGACCACCGCAGCCUUCAUCUUGACGGCGCCAGUCGUUGCCCUUGAAUGGGGAAAACCAACUAGCGUUUCUGAGCAUACCAGCUUGGUUGUGGCAAUUGUCUUGGCCACAAUGGUUCAAGCAAUUGCAAUACCGGCGUUCUAUAUCCCGGCCAUCUCGUCCUUGAUAUACAACAAGGUCGUUGAAAUGGACAUGUUGGUGGUCAUUAGCAUUACAGCUGCGUAUGUCUAUUCAUUCGUAGGAGCUGGUCUCUUCUUUGCCAACAUCGAGUUGGAGACCAAACCAUUCUUUGAGACGAGUACCCUGCUGAUCUCGCUGGUGCUAUUUGGCCGACUUCUUGCUGCGUGGGCUCGCAAGCGAGCAGUGAAAGCGGUUUCUCUGAGGUCUUUACAAACGUUGACAGCCAUGCUCAUCAAUCCAAGAACCGGCGCUAUUGCUGAAAUCGAUGCCCGAUUGCUUCAAUACGGGGACACCAUCGCAAUCUUGCCUUAUUCGAAGAUAGCCACAGAUGCCGAUGUGCUUGACGGAACCAGUGAGGUGGACGAGUCCAUGCUCACGGGAGAGAGCUUGCCGAUUUUCAAGACUACGGGGAGCCCGUUGGUUUCGGGCACCCUCAAUGGCGGCGGAAGAUUGACAGCACGCGUGUCUCGCUUGCCUGGGAAAAACACCAUCACCGAUAUUGCAAGCCUGGUGGAGCAAGCGCAGAGCUUCAGACCUCACAUUCAAGACCUAGCUGAUAAGGUCGCCGGAUACUUUAUACCAGUUGUAUGUGCAGCAGCACUCGUCGUAUUCAUAGUUUGGCUGUUGAUCGGCUUGAAAAUCCGUGAUCAGCCUGCUGGCGAAGCUAUUGGAAUAGCGAUCGGCUAUUGCAUAGCUGUGCUGGCCAUCAGUUGUCCCUGCGCGCUUGGUCUGGCAGUGCCAAUGGUUCUCGUGGUUGCUGGCGGCGUGGCUGCCCGCGGGGGCAUAAUAAUCAAAACUGCAGAUGUUAUCGAGCGCGGCUUCCGGGUCACCGAUGUUGUCUUUGACAAAACGGGAACCCUCACUGAGCCAGAUCUCGAACUUGUGGAGGAGGAACUUUUCCCUAAUGAAAAAUUUGACAAGGACAGAAUACUCUCGUUGAUCAUGACAUUAGCAAAAGGCAACAAGCACCCGGUAUCUGAAGCUGUUGCCCAAGCACUCGAAAUGCAGCAAGUAUGUGGAGUCGACAUGGAGGGCAUUGCGUCCAUUCCUGGCUGCGGAGUCAGAGGUGAAUGGCAAGGCGCGGUGAUUCGAGCUGGCAACGCUAAAUGGCUCAAGGUCAGUCAAAGAUCUCAGGUGCUCGGCCACACAGCACGGGGGUUGACCAUGCUCUUCGCGACGAUCGAUGAUGAGCUAAUUGCAAUCUUUGGCUUGAAAUCGAGGGUCCGUAAUGGUGCAACUUCAGUCAUUCAAGAGCUUCAUCGCCGUAGCAUCGCCGUCCACUUAGUCAGUGGCGACGCACGCCGAGUGGUGGAGAACGUAGCCGCUGAGAUGACUAUCCCUCUGCAGAACGUCGCUUUCGAAAGCAGUCCGGCGCAGAAACAGGAAUAUAUUCGCGCACUUAUGGAUGCGGGAAAGAUCACAUUGUUCUGUGGGGACGGUACCAAUGAUGCGGUUGCCGUGGCUCAGGCCAACGUCGGCGUCCAGAUCGAAUCCUCCUCGGACGUGACCCGUGCCACGGCCGACGUUAUCCUCCUCCGCAACCUUGACGGCGUAGUCAAUUUGCUCGAUGUGUCGAAGGCUGCUUUCCGACGCAUCACUUUCAACUUCAUCUGGUCAGCCGUGUAUAACAUGCUUGCAAUCUUGCUCGCGGCCGGUGCGUUUGUCAGAUUCCGUAUCCCACCUGCCUAUGCCGGUCUCGGCGAGAUCGUCAGCGUGCUGCCAGUCGUUAUUGCUGCUUUGACCCAGCCGAAAGUGAAGACAAGAAAUUGA